AUGGCCUCCUAUCUCUUGCUCUCCCUAUUUCUCUUCUUUCCCCAUCUUUGUGCUUCUUCUUCAGGAUCUCACUCCUGCUCUCACCCUGAAGCUGCUUCACUAAUCCAGUUCAAGAAUUCAUUUUCCAUCAAUCAGACAGACGAUGCUGCUUGGUAUUGCGAUUACAGUGCUGGCCUUAAAUCUUAUCCCAAGACAAAUUCAUGGAGGGAGGGUACAGAUUGCUGCUCAUGGGAUGGGGUUACUUGUCAUCACCUAAAUGCUCAUGUUAUUGCCCUUGACUUGAGCUGCAGUUGGCUAUAUGGCAACUUCCCUUCCAAUACCACUCUCUUCCUUCUUCCUCACCUUCAAAAACUCAACCUUGCCUUCAAUGAUUUCAAUCAUUCCAAAAUUCCAUCUGAGUUUGGUCGGUUUGAAAGUCUAGUAUAUCUUAACCUUUCUCAUACAAGGUUUGUAGGAGAAGUCCCAUCCCAAGUCUCCCACCUGUCAAAAUUGGUUUCACUUGAUCUCUCCUCUUGGAUUUAUUACUAUGAGCAAUUUACAAUUGACAAACAUGCUCUGGAGGGACUUAUUCAGAACCUAACCGAGGUCAGACAUCUGUUUUUGGAUGAAAUCAACAUGUCUUCUGCUAAUGCUCAUGUCUUCAUGAAUCUAUCCUCUUCUCUAAGGUCUCUCAGUCUUGCUGGUUGUGGUUUGCAAGGAAAAUUCGCAAAAAACAUUUUUGGUUUGCCAAACCUCAAUUUCCUCAACUUAGGAGGCAACCAAUUGAGUGGACAAAUUCCAAGAUCAUUGGGAAACCUCUUGCAACUCACUCAUUUAGACUUGUCAGACAACCAAUUGAUUGGACAAAUUCCAUUAUCAAUUCUAAACUUAACACAGCUUGAAUACUUGGGAAUAGUUGGAAAUUCAUUAGAAGGUUCCAUUCCAAAUGAGGUAACCGCUUUUCCUAAUCUAAAAUAUUUACACUUAUAUGACAAUUUACUCAAUGGAACACUUCCGUCAUGGUUGUAUACUGCUUCCUCCUUAAAGGAAAUACAUCUCGCUCAAAACCAAUUCAGUGGGCAUAUCAAAGAAUUCCAAUCCAAAUCACUAGAAUUGAUAGCGUUAGACCAUAAUAAACUCCAAGGUCCUCUUCCAUCUUCAAUAUUCCAACUUCUCAAUCUUACCCGUCUCUUUUUAUCCUCAAAUAAUCUUAGUGGUGUCAUAGAGUUUAGCAUGUUCUCAAACCUUUCAAGUCUCAAAAAUCUUGACCUUUCAUAUAACAGCCUAUCCUUAACAUCUAAUAGCACUUCUAGUGUUAACCAUAUAUUGCCUAAUCUUACAAGCUUAUUUCUUUUAUCUUGCAAUCUUAGUGAAUUCCCCCCAUUUUUGAAAGGGCUUAAACGUUUGGAAAGCUUAGACCUCUCUUGCAACAGAAUUGAAGGCAAGAUUCCACAGUGGAUGCAAGAGGUGGGGAAUGACUCUUUGGCUUACUUAAAUGUAUCUCACAACUCUUUGACAGAAGUUGAGCACUUUCCAUGGAAGAAUAUUGCAGUUCUUGACUUAAGCUCCAAUUUGAUCUGUGGAAAUCUUCCGAUUCCAGCUUCGACGAUCAAUAUCUUUCUGAUCUCAAAUAAUAGUUUCAAUGGAGAGGUCUCUUCUUUCAUAUGCAAUGCCAGUGCUCUUGAAAUUCUUGAUUUGUCCCACAAUAACUUGAGUGGAACAAUGCCGCAAUGUUUUGGAAAUUUGAGCGACAGCCUUAAAUUCUUGAAUCUGAAAAAGAACAAGUUUUAUGGGACGAUUCCUCCAACAUUUGCAAAGGGAUGCCAAUUGAGUAAUUUAAACUUAAAUGGAAAUCUGUUAGAAGGGCCUUUGACACCAUCCAUCCUUAAUUGUAAAGGUCUGGAAGUGCUAGAUCUUGGUAACAACAAGAUCAAUGAUACAUUUCCUCAUUGGCUGGGAAGUUUUCCACAGUUACAAGUUCUUAAGAGGGUAAAAUUUGGUCCAGCAAUUCACAAUACGAAAGGAAUUCUGGACUACGUUCACAAGUGA